UCGUAUGUAGACAAAUGAUAUAUCCGCAACCGCAAGGACUCCAUUGAAGAGGCAACGGGUGUGGCAGUGCUAAACAGGUGGGAAGUUGAGAGGAGGAGCGAGUAGUGAUGGUAGUAGCGAUGCCGUUGCCGACAAAUGCUUUUGCUUCUUCUGCAAACGUUUUGAGAGGCGGCGGCGCGCUAUUGUUUUCUUCCUUAUCAAAAUGCAGUCACCCAUUGCAAAUUUAUCGUCAUCGUCGUCCCCUGCAACCCAUACGUUCCUCCACCGCCUCGUUUCCCCUUUUCUCAAUAGGUAAAGCUAAUGAGACAUCCGCGAGAAGCAGAGGAAGCAGCAGCAGGCACUGGAUUCCCUCGUUUUGCACGGCUUCUACCUCCGAUGCUUCUGCGGCGAAGGCAGUGACCGUGGCCAUCGGUGACGAUGGAAAUGCUGAUGUUGACGAUGAGAAGAAGGAGAGGGUGAUAAAGGAAGCGGCUGAAAUGCUGGACAUAAGGGUUGGGCGUAUCCUUAGGGCGUGGAGGCAUGAGGAGGCCGACUCCCUUUACGUGGAAGAGGUGGAUGUUGGCGAGCCUGAGCCCAGAAUCAUCUGCAGCGGCCUCGUCAAUUAUAUACCCCUUCAACACCUCCAGGAUAAGAGAGUAAUCGUUCUUGCAAAUCUGAAGCCCAGGAACAUGCGUGGUGUCAAGUCAUCUGGAAUGCUUAUGGCUGCUUCUGAUGCAUCACAUGAGAACGUUGAGCUUCUUGUGCCUCCGGAGGGUUCACUUCCUGGUGAAAGAAUAUGGUUUGUCGAAGAAGAAAAGGAAAAUCAACCUGCUGCUGGCACACCUAACCAGAUUCAAAAGAAAAAAAUAUGGGAGUUGGUGCAGCCUCAUCUUAAGACUGAUGCUUCUUGUACUGCUAUGCUUGGAGUGCAUGUCAUGCGGACAUCUGCAGGUGUGGUGGUGUCCACAUCUUUGAAGAACGCAAAUAUAUCCUGAUCAGAUGGGCAACUUCUUGCUUCUCUAACAGUGGUGGUGUCUAGGACCGAAGUAUCCUAGACACCAGAAGAUUUUUUGACUAUUUUUUUUUUGGACUAAUGUAAUUUCUAGUUGGUAAUCAUGUAUUGCUAGCAAUUAGAGGUUUAAGUUCCUGUCAAUUGCUUUAUUUAUGUCACCGUUUGUGAUGCUGUUUUGAUGGCUUAACCUUUUUUCAUAUACCAGUAGUCACUGUUUGUUUGUCCUCUUGAGGUUUUUUAUCAAUGAAGUGUCCUCAUGUUUCUAAAA